GCCUGACACCUCUUCGCUUUUACCUCAGCUGCCGGUCGUAUUGGCGACUAGCCCUGUCAUUCACCUCUCUGUUCCUACCAGGUGCCGGACUAGCCUCUCUGGCCCUGGCGCGCGCCGCGGGUGGGUCAGGGGGAGGAGCUCCUGGUGCUGCUGCUGCUAAGAUCGCCGCCGCCGCUUCUGGUUUCAGCACCUUGGACGGCGGCGGCUGCACAGAAGCCGCCCGGGACUGCAGAAGAAGUCGGGGCAAGAAGAGCGCGGCGCGGCACGAGGAGGCUUGUGGCCCUCCCAGCCGCCCUCCGCUGGGGGCGCCUGCUGCCCUCCAUUGCAGCUGUCCUGGCCCCAGCCUUGCGCCCCCUCCCCCGCCCCCGCCCGGGGCGUUCUUGGCAGCAGCGCUUCCUGAGGUGGUGGUGACAGGCGGCCGGCCUCCCAGGCGUCGUCGCCCAGUGGGGAACAGCUGGUCGGGGCGUUGUUUCCCACGCGCGGUGGUUGUUGUGGUUGCUGCUGCUGCUGCUGGACUCCUGGGUGGUUCGAGCUUCGGGUCAUCGCGGCGUCCAGACCGAAGAGGCCCCCCUCGUGCCUCUAGGCGACGGAUGGACAGUCAGCCUUGUGCUCGCCUUGGGCCAACAAGUUCCUCGCCAACAAGGGGAUCCCCCACUCGGCCUGUGGUUGCUUAGUCGGGACCGAGAGCCAGGGGUCAAACAGGCCGAUUAGAUUCGAGAGACCUUUUGGCUUUGCUUCGAUCAGAGUCCAUGUGAGACUAUGGGAGGUUCCUUCAUGAUUAACCAACGGUGGUUUAGCCCGGGAGCGCGGCGCUCACUCCAGCAACCUUGCCGCUGAACGUGGUGGGUGGGGGGUCCAGAUCUGCAGGACGGGGAGAGGGGCGGCUUAGCUGUGUGAAGCGCAGCCAGAUACGCCAGGCCUGCCAGAGAGGAUGCGGUUCGUCCAUCACCGUGAGGGCUCGAUGGGUGUACGAAGAGCACUCGGUUGAGGAACAGUUGAUUACUCACCCUGACGAUUCUCAAAGGAAAAGGUGGCAGGGAAGAUCAAGGAGCAUCUGCAGUUCCUGUAGAUGGCAGGCAAGCAAGUGCGACAGUGGUAGAGGCAGGAAGAGGAGAAUUGCUUCUCGAAAUAAUUAUAUUGGCUAAAAUAACAUUGCCUGCUCUGGGCAGUAGCUCGGGAGUUCUGUAAGGCCAGUCACUUCAAUAUGUGAAUAUUUUUUCAGCUAAAAGUGAUGAAAGUUAGUCAGCAUGAUAAUUAGUUCAUAGGCAAAUAUAUUUAGGCCAGUUUGAACCUUGGCUUGGAUUCUGAUUACUAAUAUUUUUUAUGGAUUAUUCAAGAAUGACAUCCUGCAGUUGCUACAGUUGAUUGCUUUCUGAAUUCCAGUUCUUGAGUUUGCUGACUGUGGAGUUUCACUCCUUUUAAAGGAUCCUUUUCCAGCCUGCCUUCUGUAUUUUGAUAAAAUGAAGUCUUCAUAUACUUCGGUCAAACUGAGAUUCUAGUUAAUGCAAAAGACUGUAUUGCUGCAUCACUCACUCAAAAAUUUGAGCAGUUCUUUAUUAUUGUUGUUACUGUUAUUAUUUUGCUAAAUGUGAGCCUGUUAAGGGCAAGCAAUUUUUUGUCCCUGCAAAAUCCUUCUUAACAUCUUUUCUUCAAAAUGAAGAAAUUUAACUUUCACAAAGUUUUGGAUGGUUUAACUUCGUCCCCUGGUGGAAGCAGCAGUGGUUCCAGUUUUGGCGGUGGGAGUGGCGGUAGCAGUGGGACUGGAGGUGCUUCUGUACAUUCAGGAGGGACUGCAGGGACUCCCAGGGAGGAAAUCCACGAGAUUCUCACUUCAGACUAUUUUCAGUUAUGCAAGACAGUUCGCCAUGGGUUUCCAUAUCUGCCUACCGCAUUAGCUUUUGAUCCAGUUCAGAAGAUUCUGGCUAUUGGAACAAGAACAGGAGCCAUCCGAAUAUUGGGCAGACCGGGUGUUGACUGUUAUUGCCAACAUGAAAGUGGUGCGGGAGUUCUGCAGCUUCAGUUUUUAAUUAACGAGGGUGCUUUGGUCAGUGCAAGUUCAGAUGACAUGCUCCAUUUGUGGAAUCUAAGACAGAAACGGCCAGCAAUUCUUCAUUCUCUGAAAUUUAACCGAGAACGGAUCACCUUCUGUCAUCUGCCGUUCCAAAGCAAAUGGCUCUAUGUUGGAACAGAGAGGGGAAAUACUCACAUUGUAAAUAUUGAGUCCUUCGUACUUUCUGGAUAUGUUAUCAUGUGGAACAAGGCAAUAGAACUGUCUACAAAGACUCACCCUGGGCCCGUUGUGCAUCUAAGUGAUAGCCCAAGAGAUGAAGGGAAACUGUUGAUAGGCUAUGAAAAUGGAACUGUAGUACUCUGGGACUUAAGAUCAAAAAGAGCAGAUUUAAGACUAUACUAUGAUGAGGCUAUUCACUCAAUUGGAUGGCAUAAUGAGGGGAAGCAGUUUAUGUGCAGUCAUUCUGAUGGUAGUUUGACUCUGUGGAAUCUAAAAAGUACCAACAGGCCAUUCCAGAUCAUCAUUCCACAUGGUAAGAUUCAACGAGAUGGGAAAAAAGUUGAAUCUUGUAAGCCAAUUCUUAAAGUAGAAUACAAGACUUGUAAAACCAGUGAACCCUUUAUAAUUUUUUCGGGUGGCCUCUCUUAUGACAAACCUUGGCGAAGACCAAGUCUAACAAUCAUGCAUGGAAAAGCAAUUACAGUUCUUGAAAUGGAUCACCCAAUUGUUGACUUUUUAACUCUUUGUGACACGCCAUACCCAAAUGAAUUUCAAGAACCCUAUGCUGUAGUUGUACUAUUGGAAAGAGAUCUCAUUGUCAUUGACCUGACUCAAAGCAAUUUUCCAAUUUUUGAAAAUCCUUAUCCCAUGGACAUUCAUGAAUCACCAGUUACCUGCACAGAAUACUUUGCUGACUGUCCUCCAGAUUUGAUUCCUGUGCUAUAUUCUGUAGGCGCUAAACAUAAGAAGCAAGGAUAUAGCAAUAAGGAGUGGCCAAUCAGUGGUGGAAUAUGGAACCUAGGAUCACAGACAUAUCCUGAAAUUAUUAUUACAGGUCAUGCAGAUGGAUCAGUAAAAUUUUGGGAUGCUUCUGCCAAUGCACUUCAGAUAUUAUACAAGUUAAAAACUUCAAAGGUUUUUGAAAAACAGAAGCAAGAAGGAAAACCAACUGCAGAGAUUGUAGAAGAUGAUCCUUUUGCUAUCCAGUUGAUGUACUGGUGUCCUGAAAGUAGAAUCUUCUGUGUAGCAGGAGUCUCUGCGUAUGUUAUUAUUUACAGAUUCAGCAAACAUGAAGUUAACACUGAAAUAUCAUCUUUAGAGGUGCGACUUCAAAGUGAGAUAGAAGAUAUAAUUAGUCCUGAGGCAGAAAUGAUUCCUCCAUUUCCAGAUGCCUCUUUCCAGCUUCCAGCUUUAAAUGAUCUCUCAGGCAGUACAAAUACCGUGGCAUCUGAAGGAACAAUGAAGGAUAGUAUCCCAUGUCUCAGCGUUAAGACUCGUGCUGUGAGGAUGCCUCCUGGUUACCAAGCAGACCUUGUUAUUCAAUUGGUAUGGGUAGAUGGUGAGCCUCCUCAACAAAUAACCAGCCUAGUGGCAAACUCGGCAUAUGGAUUAGUUGCAUUUGGAAACUGCAAUGGUUUGGCUGUUGUGGAUUUUAUUCAGAAGACCACAGUGCUGAGCAUGGGAAGCAUCGACCUCUAUGGAUCUGGUGAUCCAUAUCAACGCCAGCUUCGCUCUCCCCGUAAAAGCAAACAGUUUGCUGCAGACAACUUUUGCAUGCGUGGCCUGUCUAACUUUUAUCCUGAUUUAACGAAACGGAUCCAUGCUUCCUAUCAGAGUCUUACUGAGCUGUCAGAUGGUCCAGUUUCACUAGAGCUGGAGCGCUGCAAGUCCCCCACAACCUCAGAUCAUAUAAAUGGACAUUGUACAAGUCCAACUUCCCAGAGUUGCAGUUCUGGAAAACGGCUAUCUAGUGCAGAUGUCACAAAGAUAAACCGCCGAAGUCAUGGAAAGCCCCCAUUUAGAAAAGCUCAAUCUGCUGCUUGCAUGGAGAUUUCUUUGCCAGUUGCGACAGAAGAAAACAGAGAAAAUUCCUUCAACCAUUCUCGAAGCUCCAGCAUCUCCAGUAUUGACAAAGAGUCUAAGGAAACAAUUACAGCUUUAUAUUUCACUGAGUCAUUUGCACGGAAAAAUGACAUGACGGUGUCUCCUUGUCUUUGGGUUGGUACAGGCCUUGGUAUGGUCUUGACCAUAUCCAUUAACCUGUCCAGUGUGGAUGAAUUAAGGCAGACAGAGCCUGUAACAGUUUCUCCAAGUGGAACAAUUCUGACAGUGAAGGGAACAGUGUUGACUUUUGCUUGUUUGGACUGCAUGGGGACCUUGAUACACCCACCCUACGAAGCAUGGAGAGAUCCGAACAGUACUGAUGAUAAUGAAAGAACAAGGAAAAGGAAAUUUAUCCUGCAUUCUCCAUCAUCCUCCCAGGACAUGGGAGAUCACCAGUUUGCUGUUAUAUGUUCAGAGAAGCAAGCCAAAGUAUUUUCACUGCCUUCCCAGAUAUGCCUUUAUGUUCACAACAUCACAGACACGUCCUUUCUGUUGCGAGCAGAUGUCGUGACUCUGUGUAACAGCGUUUGCCUGGCAUGCUUCUGUGCCAAUGGGCAUAUAAUGACACUAAGUUUACCCAGCCUCCGCCCAUUGCUAGAUGUUAACUAUUUGCCUGUAACAGACAUGAGGAUUGCCCGGACCUUUUGUUUUACCAAUGAAGGACAAGCGUUGUACCUUGGUUCUCCCACAGAAGUCCAGCGAUUGAACUACAGCCAAGAGAUGUGUGACAAUCUACAGGACAUGCUUGGGGAAUUGUUCACCCCUGUGGAAACUCCGGAAGCCCAGUACAGAGGCUUUCUAAAGGGGCUGUUUGGUGGAACUGGUGGAACACUCGACAGAGAAGAGCUCUUUGGUGAAGCUAUGGCAGGAAAAGCAUCUCGAAGCCUUGCUCAACAUAUCCCUGGGUCAGGUGGAGUCGAGGGUGUGAAAGGAGCUGCAGGAUCUGCUAUUGGGGAAUUGGCUCGUGCACGAAUUGCCCUUGAUGAGAGGGGACAGAAACUGGGAGAGCUAGAUGAAAGGACAGCAAGAAUGAUGUCGAGUGCAGAGGCUUUUUCCAAACAUGCACAUGAGGUGAUGCUGAAAUACAAGGACAAAAAGUGGUAUCAGUUUUAGAUUUUUAACCAUGAAGUUACAUUUUAAUGUACUGAGAACACAAAUCAAAGGAAUGGACCUUAUUUUCAAAAAUCAGCCACUGGACAGAAGCAGCCUUCUUCUUGGAAACCUUUCCCUCUUUUACCAUAUCAGACUAUUAAGAGAGAGAGAAGUUUUGAGACAUGGAUGUGUGUUGAGUCUUUGCAGUCAGAUCUCAUUAAGCGAGUAUUUCCCCAGACCAUCAUCUUUAACAGAUAAUAUUUCAACAAUUUCAGGUAUGAACUGAAAGGGAGACUGUUGCUGAUUGAAAACAUCCUUUACAAAGUAGAUUGUUAAUGCAUUUAAACUGAAUAAAACUUUGCAUGAGUAACUGACUUCUUAUACAACAAAGACAAAAACAAAGCAUGAGGGAAAGGGAUUUAUUUCUAAGUUCCACAAUUAAAUAAUAAAACAGCAAAAUCUUUGGUUUAAAAAACAAAACAAGAAGUUGAUACAUUGGAAGCAUGUUGCUCUCCACAGAAGAUAAUAAGCUGCAUUUCUCUUAUUUGACAUCACUUUUCUGUGGCCAGUCUUAGUUUAAAAACACUCAUACAUUUCAUUAGUAGAAAAAUAAAGUAACAUUAAACUUC